AUGGAGGAUGCGAGAGCGGUGAGUGAGCCCGGACACGCUAUUGUAGAGCCUAGAGAGGCUUUGCAACCGAUCGACCCCAAUGUGGUGGCUGGCAGAGCAAACGAAGCCACACCCGUCAAGCGGAUAAGAAGGGAAGAAGCACGACAGGAGAAUGUGUUCAAUAUCCUCGCAGAAUCGGGGGAGGCGCCGCCUCCCACUAACGAACGGAAGAAACGACUCCCACCGAAUUUGGCACGAGCGCACAUCAAUGAACGUAUACGAGCUGCUAAGAGCGGCCUAUCGCCAAUGAAGAAUGCCCUCACGACGACGCCAAAGACCGCACCAGCACGGACAAAUGCUGCACAAGUACCCACACCACCACCCAUUUCCAACCGGCCCGCGUACACACCUUCCGCUAGACCAGCCCAGCGCAGAACCCAAGAACCAGCACCGCGUCCCGAACUCGUACCCGACGGCCGUCCCAUAUGGUGCAUGAGUCCCUUCGAACCCGCACGUAAAGCUCCUCAACCACCAGCACCCAAAGAACACGCUCCUCACACCCGCCUCCGCGACAAACCCGUCACCGAGCUUCGCAUCCAAGACUUCAAGCCUAACCCCGUCUACAACGGCGGCUACACAUACGCCUUCACCGACACGGUGCGCCGCCGCGAAGACCGUCUUUGCCUCCCCGGCUGCACAAAACCCACCUGCUGCGGCUCGACCUUUCGCACUUUGGCAACCGCCUUGCCCACCCUCCCCCUUUCUCAGGAAGAAGCCUUGCUACAGGACUACCUCGGCGACGCGUACGACUCCUUCGGGCUGACCCAGAUGGACAAAGCUGAGAGGGACGAGAUCGUCCUCCAAGCGAGGACGAGGAAGAUGGCGACGGAGCAUGGGAAGCACAGGAAAGCGUAUGAGGGGCGGAAGACGCCGCCGGGGUUUUGGCGCGUAGAUUUUCCGAAUACCCAGGAGGCGGAGGAGGAUAGGGAGAGGGCGGUGCAGAUGGGGAUGCAGGAGGUGAGGGAGAGGUAUUUAGAGGCGAUGAGGAGAGGGGGGAGGUUUAUAUUUGCGGACGAGUAG